UAUGGGAGCCCACGCCCUGCUCAUGCCAACAUGAAUGCCAACGCGGCUGCAGGGCUGGCCCCCGAGCACAUCCCCACCCCGGGGGCCGCCCUGUCCUGGCAGGCGGCCAUUGAUGCGGCCCGGCAGGCCAAGCUGAUGGGCAGUGCUGGCAACGCCACCAUCAGCACAAUCAGCUCUACGCAGCGGAAGCGGCAGCAGUACGGGAAGCCCAAGAAGCAGGGCAGCACGACGGCCACACGCCCGCCCCGGGCCCUGCUCUGCCUGACCCUGAAGAACCCCAUCCGGAGGGCGUGCAUCAGCAUCGUGGAGUGGAAAUAUCCUUUACCAUUUGAAAUAAUUAUUUUACUGACUAUUUUUGCCAAUUGUGUGGCCUUAGCGAUCUAUAUUCCCUUUCCAGAAGAUGAUUCCAACGCCACCAAUUCCAACCUGGAACGAGUGGAAUAUCUCUUUCUCAUAAUUUUUACUGUGGAAGCAUUUUUAAAAGUAAUAGCAUAUGGACUUCUCUUUCACCCUAACGCUUACCUCCGCAACGGUUGGAAUUUACUAGAUUUUAUAAUUGUGGUUGUAGGGCUUUUUAGUGCAAUUUUAGAACAAGCAACCAAAGCAGACGGGGCAAACGCUCUAGGAGGGAAAGGGGCUGGAUUCGACGUGAAGGCGCUGAGGGCCUUCCGCGUGCUGCGCCCUUUGCGGCUGGUGUCCGGUGUCCCGAGUCUGCAGGUGGUUCUGAACUCCAUCAUCAAGGCCAUGGUCCCCCUGCUACACAUUGCCCUGCUCGUGCUUUUCGUCAUCAUCAUCUACGCCAUCAUCGGCCUGGAGCUCUUCAUGGGCAAGAUGCAUAAGACGUGCUACAACCAGGAGGGCAUCGCAGAUGUUCCAGCAGAAGACGACCCUUCUCCUUGUGCACUGGAGACAGGACACGGGCGGCAGUGCCAGAAUGGCACAGUGUGCAAGCCUGGGUGGGAUGGACCCAAGCACGGCAUCACCAACUUUGACAAUUUUGCCUUCGCCAUGCUGACCGUGUUCCAGUGCAUCACCAUGGAGGGCUGGACGGACGUGCUGUACUGGAUGCAGGACGCUAUGGGCUAUGAGUUACCCUGGGUGUAUUUUGUCAGUCUGGUCAUCUUUGGAUCCUUUUUCGUUCUAAAUCUGGUUCUCGGUGUGUUGAGCGGAGAGUUUUCCAAAGAGAGGGAGAAGGCCAAGGCUCGGGGAGAUUUCCAAAAGCUGCGGGAGAAACAGCAGCUGGAAGAAGAUCUCAAAGGCUACCUGGACUGGAUCACUCAGGCAGAAGACAUCGACCCCGAGAAUGAGGACGAAGGCAUGGAUGAGGAGAAACCCCGAAACAUGAGCAUGCCCACCAGUGAGACCGAGUCCGUCAACACCGAAAAUGUGGCUGGAGGUGACAUCGAGGGCGAAAACUGCGGGGCCAGGCUGGCCCACCGGAUCUCCAAAUCAAAGUUCAGCCGAUACUGGCGCCGAUGGAAUCGGUUCUGCAGAAGAAAGUGCCGCGCCGCAGUCAAGUCCAACAUCUUCUACUGGCUGGUGAUUUUCCUGGUCUUCCUCAACACUCUCACUAUUGCCUCUGAGCAUUACAACCAGCCCCACUGGCUCACAGAAGUCCAAGACACGGCCAACAAGGCCUUGCUGGCGCUCUUCACGGCGGAGAUGCUCCUGAAGAUGUACAGCCUGGGCCUGCAGGCCUACUUCGUGUCCCUCUUCAACCGCUUUGACUGCUUCAUCGUGUGCGGGGGAAUCCUGGAGACCAUCCUGGUGGAGACCAAGGUCAUGUCUCCCCUGGGCAUCUCUGUACUUCGAUGUGUCCGGCUGCUGAGGAUUUUCAAGAUCACAAGGUACUGGAACUCCUUGAGCAACCUGGUGGCGUCCUUGCUCAACUCCGUGCGCUCCAUCGCCUCCCUCCUCCUUCUCCUCUUCCUCUUCAUCAUCAUCUUCUCCCUCCUGGGGAUGCAGCUGUUUGGGGGAAAGUUCAACUUUGAUGAGAUGCAGACACGCAGGAGCACCUUUGACAACUUCCCCCAGUCCCUCCUCACUGUGUUUCAGAUCCUGACCGGGGAGGACUGGAAUUCGGUGAUGUAUGAUGGGAUCAUGGCUUAUGGCGGCCCCUCUUUUCCAGGGAUGUUAGUCUGUAUUUACUUCAUCAUCCUCUUCAUCUGUGGAAAUUAUAUCCUACUAAAUGUGUUCUUGGCCAUUGCUGUGGACAACCUGGCUGAUGCUGAGAGCCUCACAUCUGCCCAAAAGGAGGAGGAAGAAGAGAAGGAAAGGAAAAAGCUGGCCAGGACUGCCAGCCCAGAGAAGAAACAAGAGGUGGUGGAGAAACCAGUUGUGGAGGAAGCCAAGGAAGAAAAGAUUGAGCUGAAAUCAAUUACAGCUGAUGGAGAGUCUCCACCCACCACCAAGAUUAACAUGGACGACCUCCAGCCCAAUGAAAAUGAGGAUAAGAGUCCCUAUCCCAACCCGGAAACUGCAGGUACCAAGGAUGAGGAGGAGCCAGAGAUGCCUGUCGGCCCCCGCCCACGACCACUCUCUGAGCUGCACCUGAAGGAGAAGGCAGUCCCCAUGCCAGAAGCCAGUGCGUUUUUCAUCUUCAGUCCCAACAACAGGUUCCGCCUCCAGUGCCACCGCAUCGUCAAUGACACGAUCUUCACCAACCUGAUCCUCUUCUUCAUUCUGCUCAGCAGCAUUUCCCUGGCUGCUGAGGACCCUGUCCAGCACACCUCCUUCAGGAACCACAUUCUGUUUUAUUUUGAUAUUGUUUUUACCACCAUUUUCACCAUUGAAAUUGCUCUGAAGAUGACUGCCUAUGGGGCGUUCCUGCACAAGGGCUCUUUCUGCCGGAACUACUUCAACAUCCUGGACCUGCUGGUGGUCAGCGUGUCCCUCAUCUCCUUUGGCAUCCAGUCCAGUGCCAUCAAUGUCGUGAAGAUCUUGCGAGUUCUGCGAGUGCUCAGGCCCCUGAGGGCCAUCAAUAGGGCCAAGGGGCUAAAGCAUGUGGUUCAGUGCGUGUUUGUCGCCAUCCGCACCAUCGGGAACAUUGUGAUCGUCACUACUCUGCUGCAGUUCAUGUUUGCCUGCAUUGGGGUCCAGCUCUUCAAGGGGAAGCUCUACACCUGCUCAGACAGUUCCAAGCAGACCCAGGCAGAAUGCAAGGGUAACUACAUCACAUACAAGGACGGGGAGGUUGACCACCCUAUCAUCCAGACCCGAAGCUGGGAGAACAGCAAGUUCGACUUCGACAAUGUCCUGACGGCCAUGAUGGCCCUCUUCACAGUCUCGACCUUCGAGGGGUGGCCAGAGCUGCUGUACCGCUCCAUUGACUCCCACACAGAAGACAAGGGCCCUAUCUACAACUACCGCGUGGAGAUCUCCAUCUUCUUCAUCAUCUACAUCAUCAUCAUUGCCUUCUUCAUGAUGAACAUCUUCGUGGGUUUCGUCAUUGUCACCUUCCAGGAGCAGGGCGAGCAGGAGUACAAGAACUGUGAGCUGGACAAGAACCAGCACUACGGCCAGAGCUGCCUGUUCAAAAUCGCCAUGAACAUCCUCAACAUGCUUUUCACUGGCCUCUUCACCGUGGAGAUGAUUCUGAAGCUCAUUGCCUUUAAACCCAAGGGUUACUUUAGUGAUCCCUGGAAUGUUUUUGACUUCCUCAUCGUAAUUGGCAGCAUAAUUGACGUCAUUCUCAGUGAGACUAAUCCAGCUGAACAUACCCAAUGCUCUCCCUCUAUGAGUGCAGAGGAAAACUCCCGCAUCUCCAUCACCUUCUUCCGCCUUUUCCGGGUCAUGCGCCUGGUGAAGCUGCUGAGCCGCGGAGAGGGUAUCCGGACCCUGCUGUGGACCUUCAUCAAGUCCUUCCAGGCCCUGCCCUACGUGGCCCUCCUGAUCGUGAUGCUGUUCUUCAUCUACGCUGUGAUCGGGAUGCAGGUGUUUGGGAAAAUUGCCCUGAAUGACACCACAGAGAUCAACCGGAACAACAACUUUCAGACCUUCCCCCAGGCUGUGCUCCUCCUGUUCAGGUGUGCCACUGGAGAGGCCUGGCAGGACAUCAUGCUGGCCUGCAUGCCAGGCAAGAAAUGCGCCCCAGAGUCCGAGCCCAGCAACAGCACGGAAGGGGAGACCCCCUGCGGCAGCAGCUUUGCCGUCUUCUACUUCAUCAGCUUCUACAUGCUCUGUGCCUUCCUGAUCAUCAACCUCUUUGUAGCUGUCAUCAUGGACAACUUUGACUACCUGACCAGGGACUGGUCAAUCCUUGGUCCCCACCAUCUGGAUGAAUUUAAAAGAAUUUGGGCAGAGUAUGACCCUGAAGCCAAGGGUCGUAUCAAACACCUAGACGUGGUGACCCUCCUCCGGCGGAUUCAGCCUCCCCUGGGCUUUGGGAAGCUGUGCCCUCACCGCGUGGCUUGCAAACGCCUGGUAUCCAUGAACAUGCCUCUGAACAGCGAUGGAACAGUCAUGUUCAAUGCUACCCUGUUUGCCCUGGUCAGGACAGCCCUGAGGAUCAAAACAGAAGGGAACCUGGAGCAGGCCAAUGAGGAGCUUCGGGCAAUAAUCAAGAAGAUCUGGAAGCGGACCAGCAUGAAGCUGCUGGACCAGGUGGUGCCCCCUGCAGGCGAUGAUGAGGUCACAGUUGGCAAGUUCUACGCCACUUUCCUGAUCCAAGAGUACUUCCGGAAAUUCAAGAAGCGCAAAGAGCAGGGCCUUGUGGGCAAGCCCUCCCAGAGGAACGCCCUGUCCCUACAGGCUGGCUUGCGCACACUGCAUGACAUCGGGCCCGAGAUCCGUCGGGCCAUCUCUGGAGAUCUGACUGCUGAGGAAGAGCUGGACAAGGCGAUGAAAGAGGCUGUGUCUGCAGCCUCUGAAGAUGACAUCUUCAGGAGGGCCGGUGGCCUGUUCGGCAACCACGUCAGCUACUACCAAAGUGACAGCCGGAGCGCCUUCCCCCAGACCUUCACCACCCAGCGCCCACUGCACAUCAACAAGGCAGGCAACAGCCAAGGCGACACCGAGUCGCCCUCCCAUGAGAAGCUGGUGGACUCCACCUUCACCCCCAGCAGCUACUCAUCCACCGGCUCCAAUGCCAACAUUAACAACGCCAACAACACGGCCCUGGGCCGCCGAACCCGCCCCACCGGUCCCCCCAGCACUGUCAGCACUGUGGAGGGCCAUGGGCCGCCCCUGUCCCCUGCUGUGCACGUGCAGGAAGCAGCGUGGAGGCUCAGUUCCAAGAGGUGCCACUCCCGGGAGAGCCAAAUAGCUAUGGUGUGCCCGGAGGAGGUGUUUCCUGGCGAGACCUAUGAAGUCCAGAGGAGCGAAGACACUGAAUCCUGCAGUGAGCCCAGCCUGCUCUCCACAGACAUGCUUUCCUAUCAAGAUGAUGAAAAUCGGCAGCUGACACCCCCAGAGGACAAGAGGGACAUUCGGCAAUCCCCAAAGAAGGGCUUCCUUCGCUCUGCCUCGCUAGGUCGAAGGGCCUCAUUCCACCUGGAAUGUCUGAAACGACAGAAGAACCAAGGGGGAGACAUCUCUCAGAAGACAGUCCUGCCCUUGCACCUGGUUCAUCAUCAGGCGUUGGCAGUGGCAGGCCUGAGCCCCCUCCUCCAGAGAAGCCAUUCCCCCACCUCGGCCCCCAGGCCGUUCGCCACCCCCCCUGCCACUCCGGGCAGCCGUGGCUGGCUCCCCCAGCCCAUCCCCACCCUGCGGCUGGAGGGGGCCGAGUCCAGCGAGAAGCUCAACAGCAGCUUCCCGUCCAUCCACUGCGGCUCCUGGGCUGAGGGGCCAGUCCCCUGUGGUGGGGGCAGCAGUGCCGCCCGGAGGGCCCGGCCUGUCUCCCUCACGGUGCCCAGCCAAGCCGGGGCAAGGGGCGGGCAGUUCCACGGCAGUGCCAGCAGCCUGGUGGAAGCGGUCUUGAUUUCAGAAGGACUGGGGCAGUUUGCACAGGACCCCAAGUUCAUCGAGGUCACAACCCAGGAGCUGGCUGAUGCCUGCGACAUGACGAUAGAGGAGAUGGAGAGUGCUGCUGACAACAUCCUCAGUGGGGGCGCCCAGCAGAGCCCCAAUGGCACCCUCUUACCUUUUGUGAACUGCAGGGACCCGGGGCAGGACCGAGCAGGGGGCGAGGAGGACGAGAGCUGUGCACAUGCCCUGGGGCGUCGGCAGAGCGAGGAGGAGCUCCAGGACAGCAGGGUCUAUGUCAGCAGCCUGUAGUUGCCAGGGCUGGGGAGAUGCUGGGUUUUUUAUUUGUUUCAAUGUUCCUAAUGGGUUCGUUUCAGAAGUGCCUCACUGUUCUCGUGACCUGGAGUUAACCGGAACAGCGUCUUCAUUCAUUUCUGUCGGGACAAGACGCAGAGUUGGGUGGUGUGGAGAGUGCGUUUUCAGGGGGAAGAGCGGCAGCAGCCAGUUUGUGUGCACAGAGGCAGAGUGCUGAGGAGGCAGCAGAGAGUGGGCAGGAGAGGCAGGGGACAAGGGACCUCUCCUUAUAUUUCAGGCCCUGCCAUGGGAGCCAGCAGCCACUGCUGGGUGGGAGAGAAAACCUCAGUGUCCUGCAAUAGCC